AUGGAUUCAUCAACAGAACACCCAUUGUCAAACUUACACUCUAUUGGAGCAGACCGCAACCUUGGGUCAUCAACCUCAACCAACACACAACAAUCAGCAGCACCCUCAGCACCUUUAGCACAUUCAGUACCAGCAGCAAAGUGGAUUCAAGACAAUGAAGAAAGUGACAAUGACCAAAUUGGUCUUGUUCCUCACAAUCGUGAAGCCCAAUUUGGUGGAAACAAGUUGAGAGCACCCAGAAAAUUAGCCGAAGAAUCAGAGUACACAAAAGCAGGGAAAAAGAGAACUGUCGUAAAACGUAAAAAGAGAAGAUUAGAUGAAGAGAUAUCAGACGAAGAAGAAGAUCCUUACACUCUAGUCAACAUUGAAGGCAAGCCCAAUUUUUUCUUUCAUUCCAUUUUGAGCCCAAUUGAAUCACCCACUGAUAUUGUCCGCCGCCCUGCUCUCAGACGAAUUAUCCAGUCCCGACAGGUGGAAGGACUGGCAAAGACAGCAAUGGAGUUUAUCGAAGGCGAAAAGAACUUCAACAAGAUCCUGUGUCGCCUGUGUGCCAUUCUGCAUCAUGAUGACCCUCGAUAUCUUGACCUCAAAUUCGAAAGAACACCCGAAGAACGGAGAGCAAAACGUCAUGCUGGAUCAAAAGACAAUGCCACAAAAGAUAUACAGGAGAACAGAGCAGGAGGAUCCGGAUCAGGAUCAGUGGCAGGAUCAGGAUCAGGUCCAGGAGCAGGAGCAGGAACAGGUUCAGGUUCAGGUUCAGGUUCAGGAGUGGGACAGGCCAAGGUAGAUCAGAAUGGAAGAAAUUUAUCUGAAAGUGAAACCAAGAAAGAAGAUGGCGGCGAACCAACAUCCCACAUGAAUGAAAAGAUAUCUUCAAUGUCGGUAGAAGAAGGACCAUCUAGUCAAUCCAAUGAUUCUGUAGACGCUGAAGCACAGGAAGUAGUUCGGAGAGAAAAUAUCAAUUUCAGCAACGAAUACCUGUUACGCUUGCAAGGAGCCCGCGAUAAAUUAUACAAAGCACACAUGCAAAAAGAUGCUUUGUGGUCCCAGCUGUGUACAAUUGCUGACGAACAAGACAGACGGCAAAACUACCGUGAUAGUUCAAAUAUAGGAUACAACUAA